GUUAACCCAGACUUAGUUUAGCAUGCAUGGUUUUUAAGCUCUUCCAACAUCCCGCAUGCCAUUUAGAUUCGCGGUUUACUCUCGUGGGUCUGGGCGUGUAUAGAAUCUUAUAGUGGUUUUUACUUAGUUUGAAACUGACAGAUAUUUGAAAAUAAGCUCCCCCCCCCAUUAUUUUAGAUUUUUUUUUUUAUUUUGGAAAAAAGUGAAACAGUUGUGUUUUUGUAUCAAAAGUGAAGCCCUUUAAAAAUAUAUAUACAUAUAACAAUAAAUCAUGGUAACUGUGCAAAUAAAAAGGAUUCUACCACUGCUUUCAUUCUUUGCUCUCGCGAAUGACUUGACAUCUGCAGCAGGACCAACCGUUCCUGAUUUUGAUGUAAUGGCGCAUGUUGCGAAAAUCAGCCAAAUGGUUUCGUCCGGUAAUGUAACAGAACUUUUUGCCCCUGGAAGUGAGCUCUAUAAUUUAUCUUUGGCCUUCCUGGAAAAGUCUAAUGCCUAUGUAAAAUCUUUGCAAAAAGGAGAUACUGAACUAAUCUCAAAUCAAUCACAGCCAAUAAAUUCCACUGAUUCAUCCAAUGGGACACAAGUAUCAAACCAAUCGGACUCCUCUCCCAACUCAUCCGCCGAAAUGGGACUAGAUCUUGUUGGGUUCAGCGAGAGGUUUCCCCCUGAUAUAAUGAACUUUUCCCUCAAUGGAUCUAUGAUAGGACUUGAUCUCACUAAUAUGACUGGGUUAGCCGACUAUAUCGAUAAUAUGUUCGGAUUAAACAACCCUGAUCUACAGGCAUUAAACUGGAGCAUCAGUGAUUCCGAAUUAAAUUUUACAAAUUCAUUUGAUCAAGAAGGACUAGAUGGAAUCAACACCAGUGAUUUUGAACCAGUGAUAACCAAUCAAGGAGGACUAUCAAACCUAACCAAUCAAGGAGGACCAUCAAACCUAACCACAGGUGACCUUUUACUCGAAUCAGAUGAUGCCGAUUUUUCCAGCAAAGAAUUACCAGGAGACGAGACCAGCUCUCUUGAUGCUUCACAAUUUAACAAUACUUCUUUGGUCGGUCCAGUUGGAUCAUCAGACGGUACCCCCGAAAAUGGCGAUGACCUUUCCAGUCAAGGAUCACCAGCAAACAAGACCGCCCUCCUCGAUGGUUCACAAUUUAACAAUACUUCUUUGGUCGGUCCAGUCGGAUCAUCAGGCGGAACCCCCGAAAAUGGCGAUGACCUUUCCAGUCAAGGAUCACCAGCAAACAAGACUGCCCUCCUCGAUGGUUCACAAUUUAAUACUUCUUUGGUCGAUCCAGUCGGAUCAUCAGGCGGAACCCCCGAAAAUGGCACCGACCUUUCCAGUCAAGGAUCACCAAGAAAAGAGACCGGCUCCCUCGAUGGUUCACCCUUGAACAAUGUUACUUCGGCCGAUCAAGAUGAUGCAUUAAGUGGACCUCCCGGUGAGCCCCUAGCCCAAUUAAAUGGCACUGGUUCCUCCGAUCAAUAAGAAUCAAACAGAACUGACCAUCUCCAAGAACUAACUUAUUGGAAAUAGCUUACAAAAUAUUUAUAUCCAUUAUUCAUCCUGUGUAGCCCCUCAGUAUUUUGUCUUGUUAGUUUUUUGCUCUUUUGAGUUUAGAAAAUAUGCACAAUUUCAUGAAUAUAAUAAAAGAUUUCGAUGAAUGAAGAAA